CUCCCAGCUUGGAGGCUGGGUUCUUGAAUAUCGGAUCCACACACUAGUUACAUGUCUUAGAUGUUACAACCCAUCUUCUCUGAUUGAUAUAAUAGUUUAGUCCGAACCCCUCAGCACCGGACUAGCUAGUCAGCUAGAACAAUCCGCUACAAUGGAGGCCAACCAUCGAAAAAAGCUCUCUCGAACCGACUACACUGUAGGAUGGAUUUGUGCUCUCUCCAUCGAACUGGCCGCAUCCUCGGGGAUGCUGGACGAGGUCCACCAAGACCUGGAUCUAGCCCCCGGGGACAAGAACAUGUAUACUCUGGGUGAGAUCUGCGGACAUAACAUUGCCAUGGCCUGUCUCCCCGCGGGCAACAUGGGCAUCACCCCCGCGGCAACCGUCGCAGCCAAUAUGCUGAGAAGCUUCCCCAAGAUCCGGUUCGGUCUGAUGGUGGGCAUUGGGGGUGGUGCUCCAGCUCGCCGUGCACACCCGAGCGAGGAUAUUCGGCUGGGCGAUGUGGUGGUUGGUAUUCCGCAGGGGAAUCUAGGGGGAGUGGUGAAGUAUGAUCGCGGCAAGGUGGUCGCAAAUGGUGAAUUCCAACACAUGGGCUUGCUAAAUAUGCCACCUACCGCUCUCACCAAUGCAGUUUCAAAGCUGAAAGGCAAGCACGAGUUGAAUAAAAAUGCCAUCGCGCGUAAUGUUACGGCGAUGAUCGACAAGGUGAAGCAAUCCGAAGACGCGAAUCCUGACUUUGAAGAGUUAUACCAGCGCCCUGAUGACAAAUAUGAUCGGCUGUUCAAAGCCGACUAUGAGCACAACGAAGAGGGAGAACAGGAAUCUUCAGAAGAAACGGAAGAGGAGGAGGAUGGCGAUGAUGAAAUCCCGCUGCCCUGUCGUGGCUGCGAUGCUGCCCGCCUGGUUGCGCGCAAGCCACGAAACCAUCCAGGUCCUGUCAUUCAUUAUGGAACAAUUGCCUCCGCCGACCAGGUCAUGAGGCAUGGGGUGACCAGGAAUAAGAUCAGAAAGAAAUUCGGAGUUUUGUGCUUCGAGAUGGAGGCAGCUGGACUGAUGAAUGACUUUCCUUGUCUGGUUGUGCGAGGAAUUUGCGACUACGCGGACACACACAAGCACAAGAUUUGGCAGCGAUACGCCGCAGCGACGGCUGCAGCUUACACCAAAGAGCUGCUGGAAGUUGUGUUGAAGGAAGACAUAGAGAAAAUAGAAGAUGCAAUCAGAGUGCUGGAAAGGGGUGAGUGAUGAGUGGCACUUACGGGGAGGCCGUGGUCUGACUGGCCUGUUUUAUCAUAGUCGAGCAGG